AUGGAUUACCCCGAGGAUCCAGAGGAACAACUCUCGGAGGACGAGAACGAAGAGGAGGAGGAGGGGGAGGAUGAAGGAAUAGAGAUAAUGGAUGAGGAGGAGGAAGAAGGCGAGGCGGAGGAAGAUAAGGAGCCUAAACUGGGCUGGGCUAACCUCCCGGACGUGUGUCUGCGGCAGGUGUUCUGGUGGCUGCGCGACCGCGACCGCAUCAAGGCGGCCCUGGUGUGUCGCCAUUGGCACCAGAUCAUGUGCUCGCCCUCCCUUUGGAGGGUUCGAACCUUCAACUUCUCCGGCCGCAUCUCCAAGACCAGCCGCACGGAGCUGGAGACGGCCGUGUGUUACGCCAAGACAUACGGCUCUUACCUGGAGGAUCUGGAGAUCCGCUUCUCCCACCCCCUGAACUCUCUGGUGUCCCGGCGCUUCCAGCAGACGCUGAGGACCUUCCUCGCCGCGCUGCGUAAAACUGGCGGCCGACUACGCCGCCUAACUGUCAACCACAUGGAGCUGGACCGCGCCGCCUGGUGCCGCAGUGUACGCAAUGCCCUGGUGCGCAGCCUCACCUUCUACCUGCGCCGCGAGGGCUCCUACCUGGGCUACCUGAGCCUGCGGGGGGCCCGCCUCAACCUGCCCCAGGGCCUGGAGGUGCUGGAGGCCGUGGCUGCAGCUCAGCAGCACAUCCACCUGGGCCGCCGGCCUGGCAUCACCCACCUCAACCUGGAGGACUUCUUCUCACAGCCGCUGGCCGUCUUCAUCAGCCCCGCCUUCCCCCAGGUCAUGUUCCGCUUCCAGGGCCUCUGCACUCUUACCCUCAACUACAGCUGUGUGUCGGACGAGCUGCUGGCGGCCCUGUCCGCGGCGUGUAGGAGCCUAGGCGGGGGAGGGUCCCUGCAGACGUUCACCAUACGAUGCCAUAUCCACGAGCCCCACAUCCAGGUGGUCUGGGGGGAUGCCUGGUCCCAUCUGGCCAAGCAUUGUCCCGACCUUCGGGUGCAGAUCACAGUGGAGCGGAUCCUCAACAUGGACAAGCUGGGGAGGAUUCUGCUCAGAGAGAUCCCGCUGCGCUCGCUCAGUCUCACCAGUUGCUACUUCAGUGAACAGGACUGGAGUGCCAAGCCUGCCCUUACCAACCUAGUGCCCUGCUACAGGAGCUGUUUACAGGUGAGGAUUGGUUGCUCUACCCGUCAAUACACAGUAGUAGUCAGUUAUGGAGCAAUGAUGGCACCUCUUAGGCUACUGGUUUGUGUGGCGAUAAAGUAUGCACAGUAUGUGCAGUAUAUCAACAGUGUUUAUUCAUGUCCCUACAUUGUCUUUUUAUAUCCAUGCAGUUCAGACACAGAUUAAACCUUGUCCUGGACUAAAAAGUACUUUCAAUGGAGAAUCUCCAUUGAGAAUGUGUUUUAGUCCAGGACCAGGUUUAAUCUAUGUCAGGGAAACCGGCCCCAAGAGACAUGACUCUAAGGGCUGGAUUCAAUCCGUAUCGCAGAAGUAUCGCGGAAAAUCUGUGUUAGAGCUCGAUUUAAAUUUAAAGGCAAUGUUCCCGCGUUCGCGGAGACUGCAUCCACAGUAAACACUGCAUAUGUCAGCUCAAUCGGAAAUGACAUUUACAUUUUCACGCGGAUCUUCCGCGAUAUGGAUUGAAUCCAGCCCGAAAUUGUCAAUAGGAUGUCAGUGGUACUCAUACUUUAACAACAUGAAUCCAUGUUGAAGUGUUGUGAAUCUGUCUCCACCUCAAUUCCUUGGUGUAGAAAUUGACCUUGGACCUGAACAACAGCCACGAGUCUGUGGACGAGGAGCUGCUGGAGGUGGUGCUGCUGUGCAGCCAGCUGGCCUACCUGAAGGUCUGGGCCUUCCUGGACAUCAGCUUCCUGGAGCGGCUGCUGCAGAAACGCCUGGAAAAGAAGACCAUCCUCAGGACCAUCAAGGUGAGCCAGAGCUCUGGGAACUAGGGCAAGGCCAUACAGGCCUACACACCUGCGUACCAACCUAUGUCCUGGCAUUGAAGAGAUUUACUAACACAAGCUCCACACAGACCCACAAUAGCCUGCUAUGUUCUCCUGCCCAGUGAACUGGGAUAUUGCAGGCAUUUUAAAGUUUGUUUGGGUCAUUAAUGAAACAGCCUUCAGCUGAGCAGUUAUCUUUGUCAGUUCUUAAAGGGGCAGGUCCCAUUUCCUUCCUUCUGCUACUUCAAAAACUACUGAUGACACCUAAUGUGUUAUACCUAGCUAUAGCAAUGUGCUUUAUUAUAUUAUGUGAGCAAUUUACUGUGUGGUUUAAAACCUGCUUGUGUUUGUGUUAGGUGCGGAUCUACACCAACAAAUAUGAGACUCAGGGUGAGGAUGAGCAGCUGGAGGAGGUGUACUCUCGCUACAGACAACUCAUCAACUCAGAGCUCCACUACUUCGCCAUUUCCUACCCCAUGCUCUGA